CUUCUCUUCUUCAAACCCAGAAACCCCCCUCUCUCUCUAAAACCGCCGGAAAAUCCGUUUCCGGCGAACGAUUUGACACUAUUCUAAUUCCAAAUCCAAAUUCCCUUAUUCCAAAUUUGGAAUCCAAUUGAUUAUGUCAACAUCUUCUUCCCCAUUAUUCGAAGCCUAUCAGCUCAGCCUCCCCAAACCCCUCCACACUCCAUCCCCACAAAUCUCCUCCUUUCUCUACGACCCCUUCUCCGCCACCCUAGCCCUCCGUCACACCGACUCUUCUUUCUCUCUCUACCCUUCUUUUUCUCCCCUUUCUCUCUCCUCUCUUCCGUCCCCCAAAUCCCUAGUUCCCUCCCCCACCUCCUCCGCCGCCUUCCUUCACCUCCGGACAACCUCCAAUUCCUCCGCCGCCACCACCACUCUCUUCCUAACCUCCUCCCCUCUUCUCCGCCCCACCUCCUCCACCCUCAUCCGCUUCUACAUUCUGCGCGACGGCCGUUUCGGCAGAAUCGGAGUUGUUUCCAAUCACAGGGACUUGGAGUUUGAUCGGAGCAAGUGCGGGGUUGUUUUCAAGGUCAAUCAUGGGGUUUCAAUGGCGUUGUCGGGGGGAAUUAACGUGUUCACGUUGUACUCGGUUUCGAGUUCCAAAAUUUGGUUGUUUGCCGCGAGAUUGAUUGCCGAUGAUGAGGGUGGCGGAGGAGAAGCUUUGAAGCUCAUGAAGUGUGCGGUGAUCGAUUGUUGUUCGCCGGUAUUUACAAUUAGGGUUAUGUUUCGUGUUCUGAUUCUCGGUGAAGAGAAUGGGGUUAGGAUUUUCCCAUUGCAGCCCCUGGUUAGAGGUAUUCAUAGGAAGGAGAAGAAGAAUAACGGCAAACGAUACAAUUCGAAAAAUGUGUUACCUAAGGGUGAGAAAACCGAAAAGCAUUCUGAUUCUGAGAAAUUGAGGUCCGUGAAAUUGAGACAAGAUUCCAGAGAUGUGGGUGCGUUUUAUGUGCCUUUCGAGGAUAAUAAGGAUGAAGAAAGGGUUGGUAGGUCAGUCAAGGCAAUUUCUAUCGAGGCAUUAUCUUCAAACUGCUUUGUAGUCUUGGACAAUGUUGGAGAUGUACACCUUUUGUCCCUUUCUUACUCUGUCCAAGGAUUAAAUAACCGUUGCCUUAUGAAGCGGUCAACUCAGACCAUGAAAGUUGUAAAGCUGUCGGUUUUUCACGAUGCUUCUACAGUGACACGAACCAUUUGGAUGUCAGAUGGAUGCCAUAGUGUGCACUUGAUGAUGGUCUCUGACAUGGAUACUUCCCCUGAUAAAACUGAAAAGAAAGACACCACGGAAAAACUUAUACAAACUUCAGUCACACAAGCAAUUUUUGCCAGUGAAAAGAUACAAGAUAUUGUACCUUUGGCUGCUAAUGCUGUGCUUAUUCUCGGACAAGGAAGCAUGUUCGCUUACACGAUUUCAUAAAAACUGCUUGAUGUUUCUUUUCUUGAAAUUGGUCAAAUUUUGUUCUGGAACCCGAUUAAAUGGUGUAUGCCACUUAAACUGGUCCUCAACAAAUUUCUCUCUGGCAAAAGCAUCUGAUACAUCUUACUUUGGUUCGGUCGAAGAACACUAGGCUCUGAUAUAAGAAAUCUUUUGUUAAUGAAUUUUGGGUGGAAUCUGAAAUAUGGGUCCUCUAAAAGAUCAAGUCAAUUGUUUUACAGCCCGAAAUCUGCUGCACGGGCUGUUUUGCAAAUACCGGUGUGAAACUAUACAUGGAAGUUCAUGUGUGGGCCCUCUGCAACUAUCAAGCUUAUAUCGGACUUUUAGUUCUAAUGCAGUGAAGUUCAAUCAGCCCGAAGGUCAAUUGGUCUAUCGCGGAUUUGUUAAAAUGUGACAAGUUAGUGCGGAGGAUCUCCGUUUUUCGUUCCAAGCUAAAUGAGAUAUAAUAGGAAGUUGUGUGGAGGUGUUCUCUAUAUUUUGUGGGAGGAGAUUAGGAAUAUGCAGAAAGGAACAUAUAUAUAUAUAUAUAUAUUAUAUAUUAUCAAAAUCAUGUUCUGAAAAUUAUGUAUCACAAAGCAAUACUCCUAGAGGAAAAUACAGCAUUGCUAUUUUAAUUGUGACUUUUAAUAAAUAUAUUUCUAUUUAUUCGUUCUGUAAGAGGUUUUAUGUGAGCCCCACUUUGUUAGGUAUAGAUAAUAUGUGGGCCUGCAACUCAUUUUAAAUGGUAUAUAUGUAAUAUGUUGUUACUCAUA